CUCUGUUGCCCCUACUUCAACCUAUAUUCCUCCCACAACCAGCUCCAUGGCUCCUACCUCGACCUUUGCUGGCCCUACUUAUGGAUAUGCCACUUAUAACUCUGGCUCUGUUGAACCCACUUCAACAACCAUAGCACCCACCACCAACUAUGGCUCAAUUUCCCCCACCUCAGUCACCAAUGAGGUUACUUCCAGCUCAUCUACAGCUUACUCAACCCUGAUUAUCUCUUCAUCUGGUAGUGUCGCUCCCACAUCAACCUAUGUUGAGGCAUACAAUCAUUCCACUCCAAUGCCUGCUCCUGCCCCUGCAUACUCCCAUGCUCCAAUCCCAGCUCCCACUUCUGAGGUUGCACCUGCUCCAGCUCCUGUCUACUCCCUUACUCCAGUUCCAGUCUACUCCCCUGCUCCAGCCCCUGUCUACUCCCCUGCUCCCACUUCUGAGGUUGCACCUGCUCCAGCUCCUGUCUACUCCCUUACUUCAGCUCCAGUCUACUCCCCUUCUCCAGCUCCUGUCUACUCCCCUACUUCAGCUCCAGUCUACUCCCCUUCUCCAGCUCCAGUCUACUCCCCUGCUCCAGCCCCUGUCUACUCCCCUGCUCCCACUUCUGAGGUUGCACCUGCUCCAGCUCCUGUCUACUCCCUUACUUCAGCUCCAGUCUACUCCCCUUCUCCAGCUCCUGUCUACUCCCCUACUUCAGCUCCAGUCUACUCCCCUUCUCCAGCUCCAGUCUACUCCCCUUCUCCAGCUCCAGUCUACUCCCCUGCUCCAGCCCCUAUCUACUCCCCUGCACUGGCCCCUGCUCCUGCACCCACGCCGACUUCUGAGGCUGCCCCUGCUCCUGCCACCUACGGUAGUGUCAUUGCUUCCAUCUCCUCAGCUCCCAUACAAACCCAAGCCUACAGUGCCUCCAGCCCCACGUAUAUUAAGAAGGUUGUGCACAAGGCCCAUACUGGCAUCAAGCAUGGUGUCAAGCAUACUCGCCACAUUAUCAAGCACAAGAAGGCUGCUGUGCGAAACGCCGCUGGCUUCAAGCCCAAGGCAAUUGUCAACUAAUUUAAUGGAUUUUCAUAUUAAUAUUGGUUCAUUUUUCAUUACUUCUCAUUCAUGCUCCUGCAUAUUAAAUUAUCAUGUUUAUAUACAAGUUCCAAUGAAUUUAAA